AUGCGCCUAGCUGAUAAACCAGGGAAAUGUUUUAUCCCACAUCAUGCGGUAGUUAAACGGAAAAACGAAAAAAUAAAAAUUCGGGUAGUCUUUGAUGAGUCAGCCAAGUCAUCUUCUGGUUUGUCACUUAACGACUGCUUGGCAACCGGACCAAAAUUACAAAGUGAUAUCACUGACAUAUUACUUCGUAGCCGUUUCCACAAGUUCUUGUUCAUCGCCGACAUUGAGAAGAUGUAUAGGCAGAUCCGAGUCAAUGAUGCAGAUUGUGCGUAUCAACAUAUACAUUGGCGAAAUUCGCCCACUGAAGAAGUCAAAGAGUACGAAUUAUGUACUAUCACUUAUGGUGUCGACGCAGCUCCGUUUUACACCAACUGGACUCAGAAAAUGGAACCGAAUUUCCUUUGGCAAAAAAUCUGUGCUGAUACCGAAAAGGAAGUGCUGGAGCUUCAGGAUCAAGUCAUAUCCCUAUUACGCAAAGGUGGGUUCCAUUUACGAAAAUGGGCCAGCAAUUGUGAGGCAGUAUUAAAAGGUAUAGCUGCUGAAGACCGCGCAAUGGACUCAUCCUUUGAACUUAAAGAUGACCAAUCAGUAAAGCGCACCAUAUUUUCAACCAUCGCUUGUCUAUACGAUCCUAUUGGCGCAUUGGGCCCUGUGGUAUUUUGGGCCAAGUGCAUUAUGCAAGAAUUGUGGAUAGAGAAAUUAGAUUGGGAUGCGUCGCCUUCGUCCGACAUAAUCGAUAAAUGGCAUAAGUUCACAACUGAACUAACUGCGUUAUCUUCCUUCUCACUCUCUCGUUAUAUCAACGUAUGCUCAUCAAAAACCAUACAGUUAUUGGGUUUCACGGAUGCUUCUCAGAAAGGAUACGCGGCGGUGGUCUAUUUGAGAGUCAUUGAUAUGCAGGAUGAGGUAACGGUGUAUUUUCUUACGGGUGAAACAAAAGUCGCUCCUUUUAAGGCAUCACAGGCGGAUGAGUCACUAAUAAUACCACGGUUAGAGUUGUGCGCCGCCUUGUUACUUGCGUUACUGCUGUCUCAUCAACUCUUCGUGCUUCGUGAUAUCGUAACGAUAUAUUGUAUUCGAACAUGGAGUGAUUCUACCAUUGUCUUGGCUUGGGUUAAUGGGGAACAAAAGCAAUUUAAGGUAUUUGUUACUAAUCGAGUGACGAAAAUUCGUUCUCUUCUGCCACACUGUGAAUGGUCUCAUGUACGAUCAUUGGAUAACCCUGCAGAUCCUGCAUCUCGAGGCAUGCUGCCUGAAGAACUUCUUACCAAUCGAUUACAUUUAAAUGGUCCAGAGUUUCUGUACGAUCCCAAUUGUCAGUUUUCAAGUUUGAUGCUGAAUGAGUUUCCACCUGAGCAACUUCCAGAGAUAAAAACCUCGUUUAAAAAUGUCUUAUUUGUUCAAGACAGUAUCCAGCCUAUCAGAUAUGAUCAGUCAAUUUCAACAAUAACAAAAAUGCAACGUGUGUUGGCGUACUGUUUCCGUCGUCGAAAUAUUCCUAAGAUCAGUGGACCAAUCACUCUGAUGGAAUACGAACGUGCCCUGAACGUAGCUAUUUUAUGUACGCAAAUGACAUAUUUGUCGGAUCUACAUAAACAGAUAAAAAAUCAAGGUUCCAUAACUCCGACAACGAUAGCCCAGCUAGCUCCCUUCAUCGAUUCAAAUGGAAUCAUUCGAGUUGGCGGAAGAUUAAAACGUGCGCUAUUAGAUGAAAAUGCAAAAUAUCCAAUUCUUUUGCCUCAAAAGACACAUCUAACAGAAUUAAUCAUUCGACAUUUUCAUCAUAUCUCGUUACACGGAGGAUCAAGAUUGGUACUUUCGAUGAUACAUCAAAAAUUUUGGAUUAUUUCUGGUCGAGCAGCUGUCCGUAAUUUUACCUAUUCUUGCAUUCCUUGCACAAAAUUUAGAAGUAUAAACCCACGACCUUUCAUGGGGGAUCUGCCAGCUGCUAGAGUUGUAGCGAAUCGACUAUUUUUUAACGUUGGAAUGGAUUAUGGCGGACCUUUCAUGGUUCGUGAAAGUCGACGUCGCGGUGCGCGUACCAAUAAAAUAUAUUUGGCUGUAUUUGUAUGCAUGUCAGUGAAAGCUGUGCAUUUGGAAACCGUGUCAGAUAUAUCCACAGACGCGUUCCUCGCCGCGUUGGACAGAUUUGUUGCUCGACGUGGAAUUCCCUACAGCAUGUACACCAAUUGCGGUACAAAUUAUGUAGGUGUUGCAAAACAACUGAAGAAACUGUUUGAUGGAGCCUCCAAUCAACAUACCUUAUAUGGUCGUAUACCUUGCAAGUGGCAUUUUAACCCACCGAGAGCCCCUCAUUUUGGUGGGAUAUGGGAGGCUGCCGUCAAAAGUGCAAAAACCCAUUUAAAGAAAGUGAUUGGUGCCCAAGUAUACACUACGGAGGAAUUCACAACACUCAUAACGCGAAUCGAAGGCGUCUUAAACUCUCAGCCGAUGCUACCGCUGUCCAGUGAUCCAAAUGAUUUAAACGUGUUAACCCCAGGUCACUUUCUAAUUGGACAACCAUUGCUAGCACUUCCAGAAGAGGAUGUUGUGAACACCCCAACCAACCAUUUAGGUCGUUGGCAAUUACUCCGUCAAGCUCAACAAUCAUUUUGGCGUCGAUGGAGCCACGAAUAUCUGCAUACACUACAGGGGAGGCAAAAGUGGUUUAGGCAGACACCAAAUCUAAUGGUUGGCGAUCUUGUAGUUAUCAACACACCAUCACGACCACCCAUGUCCUGGCAGAUAGGUCGAAUCAUUGAGGUUCAUCCAGGGGAGGACAACAUUGUGCGUGUAGCGACCGUUAAAACCCAAGAAGGCACCCUCAAACGUCCUGUUAUCAAGUUGGUAAAACUUCCAGUUGAUCCAAGACCUUAA